AUGGGCACCGGAGCAGCCUGUGCAGACAGGACAGAGGGAAGUGAGCCAGCUCCUGCUGCCCUGGAGCCAUCCCCUUCCCCAGGCCCCGCCAGCCCCCUUGCCUUCAUCUGGUGGGGUGCCAGGCGGCGCAGGGUUCUCGGCACCCCCAGCACCUUCCUGGGAGGAACAGGCAGUUCUGGACCGGGCUGGGGGACAGGAGCCACCUUAUCCGGCGGGUGGGGGCCGGAGGCGGCCCAAAGACUGUUGGCCAGGCAGGGGCAUCGUGACACCCAGCUCUUCCUCUGCUCCCUCUUCGCCCCCGUCUGCCUCGACCGGCCCGUCUACCCCUGCCGCUCCCUCUGCGAGGUGGUGCGCGACUCCUGCGCCCCCGUCAUGGAGUCCUACGGCUUCCCCUGGCCCGAGAUGCUGCACUGUGGCAAGUUCCCCUCCGACCACGAGCUCUGCAUCGCCGUCCAGUUCGGGAACAGCAAGGCCACCCCACCGCCAGUGUCCAAGAUCUGCACCCAGUGCGAGAUGGAGCACAAGGCGGAUGGCAUGAUGGAGCAGAUGUGCUCCAGUGACUUCGUGGUGAAGAUGCGCAUCAAGGAGAUAACGGAGGAGAACGGGGAGCGGCGGCUGGUGGCCGCCCAGAAGAAGAAGGUGCUGAAGCUGGGCCCGCUCAAGCGCAAGGACACCAAGAAGAUGGUGCUGCACAUGAGGAAUGCGGGUGCCUGCCCCUGCCCCCAGCUCGACAGCCUCAGCGGCAGCUUCCUGGUGAUGGGCCGCAAGGUGGGCGGCCGCCUGCUCCUCCUUGCUGUCUACCCCUGGCAGAAGCACAACAAGGAGAUGAAGUUCGCCGUCAAGUUCAUGUUCUCUUACCCCUGCCCCCUCUACCACCCCCUGCUCUAUGGGGCUGGGCAGCACUAG